AACCCCAUGCCAUUUUACAACACAACACAACAGAAAACACCACUGGUAGACAUUGAUCCUGUGAAACAUCAGCAGGCUAGUGAGCUACACCAAAACACUCUCUAAGAUGUGGUUUCUCGGCCGACUGUCGUUGAGUUUUCACCUGGCUCUCCUCCUCGUCGUUCUCGUUGUGGCAUCGGCGGACGACCCUAGCCUCGCCGAUGGUGGGAUGCUCAUUGACCCCAAGCCUUCACCAAAGCCGAUGCCAAAGCCAUACCCGAAGCCAACACCUAAACCAGAUCCAAAGCCCACCACACCUGCAAAGCCCGAGCCCCACCCAACUCCAGACCACGAUGCAAAGCCGAAGCCGAAGCCCACGCCUACAAUGCCAGAGCCUAAACCCCAGCCAGGACCGUCCAAGCCAAAGCCACCACUAUACUCAGACGAUGUCGUGUCUGACAAGGCAAACCCAAAGCCCGAACCACAACCAAAGCCCAAGACCACCCCAGCAAACCCAAAUCCCAAGCCAACGCCUAAGCCGCAUCCAAACCCAAACCCUAAGCCAGGACCAUCCAAGCCAAAGCCACCGGUACAGGAUGUUGGGUCCGACAAAGCAAACCCAAAGCCUGAACCACAACCAAAGCCCAAGACCACACCAACAAAGCCGGAUCCCAAGCCAACCCCCAAGCCAAUGCCUAAGCCGCAGCCAAAUCCCAACCCUCAGCCAGGACCAUCCAAGCCAAAGCCAUCAGUAAGGGAUGCUCGGUCCGACAAGGCAAACCCAAAGCCCGACCCACAACCGAAGCCCAAGGCCACCCCAGCAAAACCGGAUCCCAAGCCGACCCCCAAGCCAACCCCUAAGCCACAACCAAACCCAAACCCUCAACCGGGACCGUCCAAGCCAAAGCCACCGGUAGAGGAUGUUGAGUCUGACAAGGCCACCCCAAAGCCUGAACCACAACCCAAGCCCAAGACCACCCCAGCAAAGCCGGAACCCAAGCCAACGCCUAAACCGCAACCAAACCCCAACCCUCAUCCCGGACCAUCCAAGUCGAAGCCGUCGGUGUAUGCACGUCGCGUUGGCUCCGGCGAGCCCCUCAACUGAGCUGAGCUGCUCAGCUCUGCAUGAAUCGAGGGACCAAGCAAGCAGAACAUGCCACGUAUGGACAUGCUACCAUAACUACCUAAUCCAUGGUUGAAUAACACUAUAACAGGGCAUCCUUCGAUAAGAAUAUAUAUUACCUGCAGCCUAUGUGUGCUUAUGUGUGUACGUGUUCGUGUGUAGCAUGCAUGUAGCAUGGCGACCCCAUGUCCCCAUGUACGCCAGGCCAGUGUGCUUGUUGAUUUACGCUUUCAAAUCUUGUAUGUACCACCAGCUUUCGUGUGUUUAUCACGAUCAAUAAAAACAUAUAUACUACUACGCUUGUUGAUC